AUGAUAAGCAACAUGGUGUGGCUGACUGUUUGGUUUGUAUUUUUAUUUAUUUGUUUGGAAUCUAAUGUAAAAUGUAAAAACAAAGAUAAUGUGUAUACAUACAUAAAUUCUAUAUACAAUAUAAAACAUGAAAAAAGAAAAAAAAUAAAAUUAAAAAAUUAUAAACAUAAGCAAAAUAUUUACUUAAAUUCGAAUCCAGAAAAUGGAGAUAAUAAUGAAACAUAUGAAAUAAAAAAGUUCGAACCAGAAAAUAUUCAGGUAAAUAAAAAUUUAAAUAUAAAUAUUUUUAAAAAUCAAGAAGAUGACUCAAAUAUAUAUAAUGAAGGAAUGUGUAUAUAUAAUAUACUGAAGGAUAUUGAAAUAAAGGAUGUUAAAAAGGUUCCAUCUUAUGAUCCUGAAUUAACAAAUGUAAAAGUUGAACAGUCUGAAAAUGGUGAAACAAAACUAGUUAGUGAUAACUCCCAAAAUGAAAAAUAUUUAGAAAACUCAUUAAUAUAUAGUGACAAAAAUUAUGACAUACCCAAUGUAUUAAAUUAUUACCCUGAUGAUAUGUUUAUAUUUAAUUUUGAUGGUGUUAUAAAUAUGAACAAGCAAGAAAAAAUUGUUGUAGCAUUUAUAACAUUUAUAAAACUUUUUAAAUGUCAAUUCUUAUUUAAUAAGAAACAAAUUUCAAACCUUCCUUUAUAUAAAUUUAUAACACAUGAUAAAACAUAUCUCUUUAAUGAUUAUGCUAAACCAAAUCAGACAAUUAAUAAUGAAAAUGAUGACUUAUUUAUAUUAUUAAAAAUUAUUCCUAAAUUUUUUUACACACGUUUAUUAUAUAUUUUUAAAUAUAUAAAACGAAAUCAAGAUUUAGUAAUUGCUAUUAAAUAUAUAUAUGACAAUAUAAAUGAUAUAUGUACAAAAUAUAACUAUGACAUUAAUCAACUUAUAUCCAUGAGCAAGUCAUCAAAUGCGAUUGGUAGUAAACUUGAAAAAUUCAUGAAAAACAAAUCAAACAAUAUAAAUACAGAAACUAAUGAACAUGAACCAGCUAGCGAAAUGGAAGAAAGUGAGGACCUGGCAUACCAACUUGCUAAAGACCUCACAAACAAUACAUUCAACCCAAAUAAUAUUGUAAAAUAUAAAAGAAUAGAAAAUCUUAGUAAUAUUUUUCCAAGCUUUAGAGUUGAAUUCGAAAAUUUUUAUAUAAAUAAUAAAUAUUUAGAGUUGUAUAAAAAAUAUAAUAUAAAAUAUGAACAAAUUUCAACUGAAUUUAAUAAAAUACGAAACUUACUAAUCAAUAAUGAAAAUAAAGCAUAUACAAAUUUAUUAAAAUAUAGAUAUCCAAUUAAUAAUCUAAAUGAACAAGAUAAAAAAUAUCAUGAAACUUGGAAUGUUACAGCUAUAGAUAUAAUAAAUAAUAAUAUUAAUAAAUAUGGUAAACCUAUUUAUAUUAUUUCAACUGUUGAAGAUUCUGAUUUUAUAAAAUAUACAUUAAAUCAGUUUGGAGUUCACAUAAAAGAUGAAAAAAAUAAUCAUCUGUUACGUGUGUAUGGAAAAAAUAGUUUAAAUGAAAAUAAAGAGGAUAGUGGUUUAGUUAUAUUGAGAAAGUUGGGAAAACUUAUAAAAUCAACCAAUACACAAAAUGUAAAUAAUAAAAAUAGUCAAGAACAGAUUGAUUAUAUUUAUGAUCCAUAUAAUAUGGAUAUAAACUAUUAUAAAUACUUUAAAAAAACUGGAAAAAAAAAUUAUUAUUUAAAUAAAAAUUCAGAUUAUAAUAUGAUCCUUAAAAAUAAAUGUAACUUGGUUUAUAACAUAAUCAAUACAUAUCAUACUAAUAAUAUGAUACACAUCAUUGAUGAUAAAUAUGAAGAUUUAAAUGCUUUAAAUAAUGAUAUAAGAUUUAAUAAUAAAGUUAAAUUAUAUUUUUGUGAAUGGGGAUAUAAUACUUAUAACGAUAAAUUAAAGUCUAUUCUUAAUGAUAAAAUAAAAACCUUUUCUGAAACUUUUAAACUCAUUUUUUUAUGUUGUACAUAUCAAAAUUCACCAAGACGGAAACACACACAUGGAAAGGGAAUACCCCUUGAUUUUUACUCAAAAUUUAUGCAUAAAUAUUGUUUAAAAAAUAAUUUAGUAACAGAGCAGCCUAUUGAUGAUUUGUAG